UUGUUGUGUUGUGAUUUGCUGAGGACUUUACCUUUCUGCCUCUCCUGCUGUGGGGGGUGUUGGUAUAAAUGUGUGAGAGGAUAUCUGGCGCCUUAAUGUGGCCUCUUCCUCUGAGACUGUCAGUCUCUCCCUCGAAGAACCUGAGAAAAGCAGACAGAAGCAAGCGGGAGGUUCUGCACGGAGGAGAAACGAGAUGCCAGAGACAUCCGGUGAGAUUGUGAGAUGUGAAGAGGACCAAAUUCAGCCACAACGUGACAGGAUCAAACAGCCACCUCCUCCUCCUCCUCCACCUCCUCCUCCUUACACUAGGGACGUGGUGUCACCGCCCGCCACAGGACGUCAGUGUUGGGGCUCUAUGGAAGGCAUUAGGCAGAAGCAGCAGAGGCCAUCGGUGCUGCGUCAAGUUUCCCAAACAGCUUCCAGGAGACAACACGUACAUCCAGAUAGCAGUGCUGCCGUCUCUGUUUGCAAGGAAGAGGCGGAUGCGGGCCGUCUUCCCCAGUCCUCUUCACCACACAUGGGCUCCUCUACCAGGCAAAGCCACCUCUUCUUCCCCUUAAGGAGAGACAGGCCAAAGCAGAGCUCCAUUGAGACCAGGCUUCAUGACAGCAUCCCUGAGGGCACCAGUGCUCUGUUUGUGAGUGGCCUCUGCCGCUGGCCUGGCUGUGAAGCAGCAUCUGAAGAUUUCCCUAGCUUCCUAAAGCAUCUCCAUUCUGAGCACAGUCAUGGUGACCGAAGCAUUGCUCAGUGGAGGGUCCAACAAGAUAUUGUUCAGUGCAUGGAGAGUCAGCUUAUACUGGAAAAACAGAAACUCAUUGCGAUGCAGCUUCAUCUUCACCUCUCUGAACACAAGUGCCCUGAUUUGGCAGCAUCUGAGUGGCCGUACAGCCUUCCUCUGUUCCUGCCGAAGCCUCCAGUAGAUGGCGACAGAGUGCAGCAGUGGGGCAUUAAACAUCUGGAGGAGCUGUCCCAACAUGGCUACAGAGCUGCUGGCUCUGCCCACCUUCUGCCAGAUUUGGUCCCCAGUAUCGAAUGUUACAAAUACAACAACAUCCGGCCUCCGUACACCUACGCCUACCUGAUAAGAUGGUCCAUCCUGGAGUCUCCAGACAAACAACGCACACUGAACGAGAUUUACAACUGGUUCACGACCAUGUUCUUCUAUUUCAGACACAACACUGCUACCUGGAAGAAUGCAGUGCGGCACAACCUCAGCCUGCACAAGUGUUUUGUGCGAGUGGAGGGAGGAAAGGGAGCUGUGUGGACCGUGGAUGAGAUGGAGUACCAGAGAAGGAAAGGCCAGAAGUAUCACAGGGACUGCCCUGUGAAGUGGCUGACGUCUUACUCCCAGUUCUGCCCAGAAGACCCCUGAACGCAUCAGGAACACAGACCUGCAGGAAGAACUGAAGAGAAAUGUUUUUAUUCUGUACCGUUUUCCCUCAGCUGUCACAUACAGAUGUGUUGCAGGCUGCACAUGUAGCAGGUGUUGUAUUCACUGAUUUCUAAAAACGUGUUGCAAAAUAAACAGUGCCAUGCCUA